AUGGCUGUGGCGCUGGAUGCCGUGUGGGGCCGGGUGAAGAACGUAUGCAGGCAGAACGGACUGCUGAUCCUCUCUGUGCUCGCUGUCGUCAUAGGAUGUUUGCUGGGAUUUUUCCUACGGACACGGCGUCUGUCCGAGCAGGAGGUCAAAUAUUUCCAAUUCCCAGGAGAGCUGUUAAUGAGGAUGCUGAAGAUGCUCAUUCUACCACUUGUUGUGUCCAGUUUGAUGUCAGGACUGGCAGCUCUGGAUGCCAAGUGCUCCAGCCGGCUUGGACUUAUCACCAUCUCCUACUACCUGUGGACAACCUUUGUGGCCGUGGUGGUGGGCAUUAUCAUGGUAUCCAUCAUUCAUCCAGGGGGAGCGGCACAGAAGGAGGACUCCGAGGACAGUGGAAAACCAAUCAUGAGUUCGGCCGAUGCCCUGCUCGACCUCAUCCGCAACAUGUUUCCAUCUAACCUGGUGCAAGCAACUUUUCAACAGUAUCGGACAAAGAGCACACCAAUCAUGAAGACACCAAAGCCAACAGUCAGUCAGGGCCUCGCAGGGACCACAACCCGACGGGCCCUCAUCUAUGGCAUUCAGGAUGACAACGGAACCGACAUACAGAACUUCUCCCUGGACCUGACUCCACCUCCUGAUGUUAUAUUUCAAACAAGCCCAGGCACCAGCGAUGGAAUGAAUGUCCUGGGAAUCGUCAUCUUCUCUGCCAUAAUGGGAAUAAUGCUUGGCAGAAUGGGGCCCAACGGCACUGCUCUGGUAAAUUUCUGCCAGAGCCUGAAUGAAGCUGUCCUGAAGAUUGUUGCCAUUGUCAUCUGGUAUUUUCCCUUUGGCAUUGUAUUCCUGGUUGCUGGGAAGAUUCUGGAAAUGAGUGAUCCAUCAGCCAUGGGUAAAAAGCUUGGCUUCUAUGCUGUGACUGUGGUGAUGGGGCUGGUGCUGCAUGGGCUCUUCAUCCUGCCCAGCAUGUAUUUCUUCAUCACUAAGAAGAGCCCCAUCGUCUAUAUCCGUGGCAUCUUGCAGGCCCUGCUUAUCGCACUUGCCACCUCCUCCAGCUCUGCCACGCUGCCUAUCACCUUCAAAUGCCUCCUGGAGAACAACCACAUUGAUCGCCGCAUCAUCCGCUUCGUGUUGCCCGUUGGCGCCACCAUCAACAUGGACGGCACAGCAUUAUAUGAAGCAGUGGCCGCCAUCUUCAUCGCCCAGGUUAACAACUACGAACUGGACUUUGGGCAGAUCAUCACUAUCAGUAUUACAGCCACUGCAGCCAGUAUUGGUGCUGCAGGGAUUCCACAGGCUGGAUUGGUUACCAUGGUGAUUGUAUUGACAUCUGUCGGUUUACCAACUGAUGACAUCACUCUCAUCAUUGCCGUGGAUUGGGCACUAGAUAGAUUCAGGACCAUGGUGAAUGUGAUGGGGGAUGCCCUGGCCACAGGCAUCAUGGCACAUAUCUGCAGAAAGGACUUUGUGAAGGAAGGAGAAGGGGUGAGCAGCCUUACUGUGCCCCUGAUCUGUGAAACCAAGCCAAUGAUCAACAUCCAACAGAUCAUGGCCUACCAGAACAAUGGUGGCUUCCAGCCCCCGCCAGACAUCAAGACAGACAACAUCCCCCCUGACGUAAGACGGCUGAUGCAGCUUGAGGAAGGCUUGAGGUCAUCUGAUAAAAAGAAGCCCCCAGCAUCACACAAGCGUGCUGACAAGGACAAGCACAAAGAGCACUGUACCAUCGACAUGAACGGCCUGGAGACUAAUGUGUAGACUCCCCAAGGAGGGCUGGACUACAGCUCAUCACACCAGAGUUAAGACCCCUAUGGGAGAAGAUUGGUAUGGUCAAGAAGGACGUGUCGUUUUUUUAACAGGAAAGGUUUUGAUACAAUGUGCGAAAAGUGAAUUGUGAAUUGUAGUGGGUUUUAUGCUUACAUGUGUGCGGAACAGCCCGUGUGGAUAAAUUCCUGGAGAGAGGAUCCUGAAUGGAUGGAUCCUGCCAUGUUUGUAAGAGUAGUUGGCUGGCAGCAGCGUCAUGAGACUGAUGCGCGCCAGUUUACUUCCUGUUUGGACACAAUAGGAGGUAACAAAAGAAUGGGUUUCCUGUCAGUGUGGAAUCUGUGGCCUUAGGGGGGCGCAAAGAAAGGAUAUUCAUUCGACUGCAGCCACAGCUGGAUGCUAUCUCCAGAUGCUGCCCACAGCACCAUGUCUUAGGGUCACUGGAACAAAUGACCUCCAAUGGCAUUUUGGGAGAUGUUCCAUUCAUGCAUGCCAGUGGUAAUCAUUUGAGCACAAAAGUGCACACAUAUACACCCACCCACAUACAUACACACACACACACACACACACACACACACUCAGUGAGCACUUUAUUAGGUAUUUAUUAGACCUAUUUUUUAGACUUAAGUCUUCUGUUGUUGUAGCCUAUCCAUUGAGAGGUUUGACGCG